AUGAGUUGGGAAGGAUUCAAAAAGGCCAUCAACCGCGCUGGGAAUAGCGUCUUGGUAAAAGAAGUCGAUAAGACAAUUGACAAAGAGUACGACAUCGAAGAACGUCGUUAUCGCACUCUGGAGAGAGCCGGCAAAGAACUUCAAAAGGAAGCGAAAGGAUACCUUGACUCCCUUAGGGCCGUAACCGCUUCACAGGUUACCAUUGCAGAAGUUAUAUCAAACCUAUACGAUGACUCUAAAACGGUGAGCGGAGGCGGAUACAAUGUGGGAAACUAUUACUUACAAUGUGUACGCGACUACGACUCGGAAACGGUGAAGCAAUUAGAUGGCCCCUUUCGGGAGACUGUCCUUGACCCAAUCACGAAGUUCUCCACCUAUUUCAGCGAAAUUGGAGAUGCAAUCAAGAAAAGAGACCACAAGAAACAAGAUUACGACGCAGCAAAAGCUAAAGUGCGGAGGCUUAUUGACAAGCCUGCCAAAGAUGCUUCUAAGCUUCCAAGAGCUGAGAAGGAGCUGGCUUUAGCGAAGGAUAUCUUUGAUAAUCUCAACGAGCAACUAAAGACGGAAUUGCCACAAUUAGUCUCUCUAAGAGUUCCAUAUUACGACCCUAGCUUCGAAGCCCUAGUUAAGAUCCAACUUCGGUUCUGCACGGAGGGGUACACUCGUCUUGCCCAAAUUCAGCAAUACUUAGACCAGCAAUCCAGAGAUGAUUACGCCAACGGUCAGCUUGACGAAAAAGUUGCAGACUUGCUACAGCAAAUGACCAACUUAAAUAUAUGUGCUUUAGGAUUUAAGUGA